UCUCCUAAAUCUCAGCUACUACACAUUCAAACCAAAGUUUCAUUUUUUUAUUUUGUAGAUUCGUUCGUCCAUCUAUUUAUCAAGUUUACUUCUUCUUCUUCUUCUUUUCGUUUUUGUUUUCUCAUAUUUUCCGGCGUGUUAAAUGGAUCAAGAGAUAGAGAUUCCUUCUUUCUUCCUCUGCCCGAUAUCUCUAGAUAUCAUGAAGGAUCCGGUGAUAGUUUCAACGGGCAUAACAUUCGACAGGGACAGCAUCGAGAAAUGGCUCUUCUCCGGUAAGAAAAACUCAUGUCCGGUCACCAAACAAGUCAUUACCGAAUCCGAUCUCACCCCAAACCACACUCUUCGCCGUCUGAUCCAAUCUUGGUGUACCCUUAACGCGUCAUACGGUGUCGAGAGGAUCCCAACUCCAAAGCCUCCGAUCUGUAAAGCCGAGAUCGAAAAGCUCAUCAAAGAUUCAUCAUCUUCGCAUCAAAACCAAGUCAAAUGCCUCAAACGACUACGUCAAAUAGUGUCGGAGAAUACUACGAACAAGCGGUGCUUAGAAGCCGCAGAAGUUCCCGAAUUCUUGGCAAAUAUCGUAACUAACUCCGUAGAUACUUACAACUCUCCUUCUUCUUCGCUUUCUUCUUCCAAUCUCAACGACAUGUGCCAGUCAAACAUGUUGGAGAAUAGAUUUGAUUCUUCAAGAAGCUUGAUGGACGAAGCCCUAAGCUUACUCUACCACCUCGAAGCGUCAGAGACAGCCCUUAAGAGUCUUUUAAACAACAAGAAAGGAACAAAUCUUGUGAAAACGUUGACCAAGAUUAUGCAACGUGGGAUCUACGAGUCAAGAGCAUAUGCAGCUUUGCUUCUCAAGAAAAUCCUUGAAGUUGCGGAUCCAAUGCAGAUCAUAUUGUUGGAACGUGAGCUUUUUGCUGAGGUUCUUCAGAUCUUGCAUGACCAGAUCUCCCACAAGGCCACGAGAUCAGCAAUGCAGAUCUUGGUGAUCAUAUGUCCAUGGGGAAGGAAUAGACACAAGGCCGUGGAAGCUGGAUUUAUUUCGAUGAUAAUAGAGCUUUUAAUGGAUGAGACUUUCUCAUCAGAGAGAAGGAACACAGAGAUGGCGAUGGUGGUUCUUGAUAUGUUAUGUCAAUGUGCAGAGGGAAGAUCUGAGUUCUUGAAUCACGGUGCGGCUAUUGCCCUUGUGUCUAAGAAGAUAUUGAGGGUCUCACAAAUCACUAGCGAAAGGGCGGUUAGGGUUUUGCUUUCGGUUGGGAAGUUUUGCGCAACACCAUCUUUGUUGCAAGAGAUGUUACAACUUGGAGUUGUAGCAAAGUUGUGUUUGGUGCUUCAAGUUAGCUGUGGUAACAAGACUAAAGAAAAGGCGAAGGAAUUGCUGAAGCUUCACGCUAGGGUUUGGAGGGAAUCACCUUGUGUCCCAAGAAAUUUGUAUGAUUCGUAUCCCGUUUGAACAUCAAGAUUGAGUCAGUCACAUAUAUGUUUGAUUAAUUCUCAUCAGAUACAAACAAUUCUUUGAGAGUUAUUCGUCUUAGAAGUUCAUUUAAAAACAAAAAGAGUGGUUUAUUUUUGUUCAAACUCAGAUUUUCUUUUGUUUUGGUUAUAUCUUUCCAAUGUUCAUCAUUAUGUAGAUAAUAGUGAUAUUUUCAUGAAAUUAUGACAAACUGCAAAGGAAAUAAAUGGCUCACAUGUUACUUGGCUAUUCUUUUCCACUUGCUUGUUCAUUAUUGUUAAAGGCUCCUUAUUUGUAUUCUUUUUGUUAAUUUCCUAUACUAGUUAUGGUCUUAUGGAAAA